ACUCUACACUAAACCGAAAACAGCACAAAAUGGCGAAUUUGACGACAGUUACAAGAAUUAGUCAGGAAAAGCAUCCUAGAAACAUAUCUAAGCACUUAAACUAUGGGACAGCAGGCUUUAGAUCACGGGCAACAGAAUUGGAUCAUAUUCUUUAUCGAAUGGGCGUAUUGGCUGCUUUAAGAUCGAAAUCAAAGGACGGAGACACUAUUGGCGUUAUGAUAACUGCCUCCCACAAUCCGGAAGAGGAUAAUGGAGUUAAGUUGAUAGAUCCCUUGGGAGAGAUGCUAGAAAGUUCGUGGGAAAAACAUGCAACCUGUCUAGCCAAUGCAGGUGAUGAAGAAUUUCAAGUAGUUUUAAGUGAAAUUGUGGAAACCUUUAAAAUUGAUAUGAAUUGUAAAUCAUCUGUAGCUAUUGGAAUGGAUACUAGAGCUAGCAGCCCAGGCCUCAAUACUGCUGUCGUUGAUGGCGUAAAGUCUGUGGAUGGGCUUUGUUUUGAUUAUGGUACAAUUACUACUCCCCAAUUACAUUAUAUGGUUCGAUGCAUCAACACAAGAAACGCCUAUGGAAUGGCAACGAUUGAAGGAUAUUGUAAUAAAUUAAGCAAAGCUCUAAAGAAUAUUUGGCAAAAUCAAGGUGAGAGAAAAGUGUAUAAACCUCAUAUCAUUGUUGAUUGCGCAAAUGGAGUUGGGGCCAAACGCUUGAAAGAUAUCGCUGAAAGAUUCGACAAAAUUUUAUCUAUAGAAAUUCGGAAUGCUGGAGAGGGAAAAUUAAAUUACAGAUGCGGAGCCGACUAUGUUAAAGUUAACCAAAGAGGUCCGGAAGGGAUAGAUUGCAUAGAGGGACAAAAAUAUGCCAGCUUCGACGGAGAUGCUGAUAGAAUAGUUUUCUACUACACAGAUAAAGAUAAUAUUUUUCAUUUAUUGGACGGUGAUAAAGUUGCUACCUUAAUAGCAAGUUAUUUGAUAGGUUUGAUUCGAAAAUGCGGAUUGGAAUUAAACCUUGGUAUAGUACAAACUGCAUAUGCCAACGGUAACUCAACUGCCUACAUACAAGAUGAACUGAAAGUUCCCGUUGCCUGCGUUUGUACAGGGGUAAAACACCUUCACAGAAAAGCUCUAGAAUUUGAGAUAGGCGUAUAUUUUGAGGCGAAUGGGCACGGAACAAUUCUGUUCAGUGAUAGCGCCUUGUCGAAAAUAGAGUCUUCUUGUAGUUCAAGUUCAAAUGAAAGUGAAAAACUCUCGGCUAAUGAAUUAAGAACCUUUGUUGACCUAGUUAAUCAGACGGUUGGGGAUUCUAUAUCGGAUAUGUUAAUUGUUGAGACUAUUCUUAGAGAUAAGGAUUGGGAUGUUGCUGAUUGGGAUAAAUCAUAUAGAAAUUUAGCAAAUAGGUUAUUAGUUGUAAAAGUUAAUGAUAGAAGCGUAUUUGAGACUACGAAUGCUGAAAGGACUGUUAUAAAGCCAACGGGACUUCAAAAGGCUAUAGAUGACCAUGUUAAGCUAUUCCCAAAUGGACGAUCGUUUGUCAGACCCUCGGGUACUGAGGAUGUAGUCAGAAUUUAUGCUGAAUCGGAUACUCAAGAAAAUGCUGACCAGUUAGCUUUAGCAGUUGCUAAGAGUACUUAUGACCUUGCCGGUGGGACUGGUAACUUACCAACUUUAUAG